CACUCGCCUGUGGUGCACCCAAGAAAUCCCUCACAUCAUCUCUCCACCAUCGCUCCAUCAUCUCUCCAUCAUCUCUCCAAGAAAAUUCACUCAAAUAUCCGCAAAAGCCCCGCUAAAAAUUCCACCCCUCAGGAAGAUCCUCAUCAUCGUACCAUCAGUGAAGUAAUUAUUUAAAAAUGGGUGGUGAGCAAGGAAUAUGUGCAGUCUGUGGGGCUCCAGCGAAUUUGCGUUGCACCGGUUGCAGGAGUACAUUCUACUGCAGGCCAGAGCACCAGAAGCAAGACUGGAGCAAUCACAAGAGCUCCUGCAGAUGCUGGAGUAUCCAGGAUUCGUCAAGCCUUGGAAGACACCUGGUAGCGACCCGAGACCUGGAGCGAGACGAUCUCAUCAUGUCGGAGGGUCCAAUUGUCUUCGGUCCAGGUGCUCAUACCGAUCAGAGGGUUUGUGUUGGUUGUGGUGAUGCCGGAGUACCUAUUCGCUGUCCAGGAUGUGGAUGGUAUGCCUGUAGGCUGUCCUGCAAUGGUCUUCUUGACGACAAUCGUCAUGGGUUCGAGUGCAAGCUCCUGGAAAAGGCCAGGAUCAUCCCCAGAUGCGAUAUCUUGCUACCGUUGAGGAUGAUCAUCCUCAAGAAGAGGAAUCCCAAACGCUGGGAAAUCCUAUCAGCCCUCCAGAGUCACGAAGAGUCCCGGGGACCUGGUACGGAGGCUCAUGAGGAGGUGGAAGCUGUCUUCCAGCAGCUGGAGCCGAUCCUCCAGGCAUUCUCGAUGGGCAGGGAUAUUCUCUCCAAAGUCUGUGGUCUGAUUGAUGUUAAUGCACUCGAUACAAAUCCUCCUGAAGGAUCCGCUGGCAUUUAUCAGACUGCCUGUCUCCUCGAGCAUCAGUGCAUGGCCAAUACUAGACAUGGAUUUGUGCUGGACUCCAAGGGUCGGCCUAAAAUCGUCGUCAAGGCACUGAGACCGAUCAAAAUGGGUGAACACCUGUCGACGACUUACACUCACGUUUUGUGGGCAACGAGAGCACGUCGUGAACAUCUUCUAGCCACGAAAUACUUUUCCUGUCGUUGUGAAAGAUGUAAAGACCCCACGGAGUUGGGCAGCCAUUUAGGAACAUUAAAGUGUCCUUGUGGGGCUGGGGUAAUUCUCCCUAAAGAUCCCCUUGACUCUGGCACUGAAUGGUCCUGUGAUCUGUGUCCAGGUCUUCUGACGUCACAGGAAGUCUUCGAGCUGACGGAGAGGCUUGGCGAAGAGGUGGAGAAUGUAAUGGCAUCAGCGACGAAGGAUAGGUUGAGUGACUUGCACUCCAGGCUUCUAGUGCUCCUCCAUCCUGGCCACCAGCACUGCAUAGCCGUGGGCCACUCCCUCAUUCAGCUCCUGUCACCUGAGGACCCGAAAAAACUCGAGAUAUGCAGAAGAAUUUUAGAAACAACAUCAAUUUUGGACCCUCACGGUGGACGACUGGCCCUCUACACUGCCGUAGCCCUCCGAGAGCUCUCAUCCUGCCCGGGUGAGGACACAAUCACUCACCUGAAUCGAGCUGUUGAAUUACUCAGGCAUGAACCUGCGAGAAGUCCUGGUGAUAACCUGAAAAAGCUCAUCCUGUCCGAGCUCUAAAUAUUUAAUUAUUGAAUUAAUAUUGAAAAUCACUUUAUUUAUAGAUAAAAAUAAAUCGAUGACAACGUC